UUAAUCAUAAGCAAGAAAAUGAGCCUAUAAAAGCAAGCAUGUCCAUUCCAUUGUAACACAACACAAAGAGUCGAUCAAAACACUUCAUUUUUUACAUCAAAGAAAAUAGAAACAAAGCAACCAUGAGAAAGAGCUAUUUGCAACCAUCAAGCCAUAAUCAGCAAGGAAAGGAAGAGAUCAAACAUUCAUCGUCGUCGUCGUCGUCAUCGCAUGAGGCUGAGAAGAAAGUGACCCGUCAAACAAGAAAGCUAGAGAGAUUGCCAAGUGAAGAAGAUAUCAAUGCUAGUGCUGAUGCCUUCAUUAAGAACUUUAGGCAGCAGCUUAUGCUUCAGAGGCUUCAAUCUAUUGAGAAUUAUGAGAAAAUGCUUGCUAGGGGACGGUAGCUUAUGAUAUUGAUAUAUAUUUCAAGUAUUUUAAGUUAAUUUAAUUAUGUAGUAAAGUUAUGAAUUUCAUUCCUUUGUGUCUUGUUGGAUAUAGCAAAGUUUAAACUAUUCCUAUGUAUACCUUCUAUUUUUAUUCAAUACUCUUUUUAUUUUAAUAAAAUAAAACAAAUGGUUGAUUGAA